GCGUAACGCAAUUACCGUAGAAACAGAAAAAACAACCAAAUACGCCAUUUAUUACAAGAUUAACAGAAAAAAGUCACAGAGUGUUUAAUUUAGCAUUUGAUUAAGGAACUGAUUUUAUGGCUUUUACGUGCCAAAGAUUCGGGGGUUGCAUUGGCUUCAUAGACGAUAAACCUCUCUCACAUUUCACUCGUUAGUCGUUCCGAAUCCUAACCCUAGAUCUUCCAUAUUAUCUACAAAGAAAUCCAAAGCUUCCUUGUAACAUACGUACAGGUUUGAGGUAGUGCGAUUGAAUUUGUGAGAAUGGAAGUCACUAGGAGAGCUUUGAGGUAGUGCGAGGAUUGUGAAGUACAGCAUUUCCAUUUAGGCCCGGUUGCUAGGAAAAGAAGGCCCUGGAUUUUGCAAUUCGAAGAGGGAGAUGAAGGCGUUGAUAGGGAGGCCAGGGUCGGUGAGUGGGCUGGUGUUGAGGUUAGGGCAAUGUUUAUUUGCUGCUGCGGCGAUCGGGGUUAUGGUUAGCGCCUAUGGAUUUUCUUCCUUCACUGCUUUCUGCUAUUUGAUCGCAUCAAUGGGACUUCAAGUGCUGUGGAGCUUUGGACUUGCAUGUCUUGAUAUUUAUAGUUUGACGAGAAAGAGGGAUCUUCAAAGUCCAAUCCUAGUGAGCCUGUUUGUUGUAGGCGAUUGGGUGACUGCUGCUUUAUCACUUGCAGCUGCAUGCUCAUCGGCAGGGAUUACAGUUCUUUAUACAAAAGACACGGAUUUCUGCAAGCAUCCUCAACUUACUCUUCAUUGCGGCAAGUUCCAAAUCGCUGUAGUUUUUGCUUUCAUCGCCUGGGCUCUUGUUGCCGUGUCAUAUCAUGUAAUGUUUUGGAUUUUAUUAUCCUCGGUUUAGAUGACUCAGGCUCUCCAGCCUUACAGAUAACACGUCCACAAUACAAGUUCUUUCUUUAUUAA